AUGUCUACUACCACCACUUCUACGAUUCCUACCGACAUUGGACAAGCUCUGAUCAAUGCUUUGAAUAACCCAACAGGCAAUCUAACUAAAUCACUGCCGUUAGUUGAAGACGAUGGAAGCAUCACAGGCAAAAAGGGCCAUCGGUUUAUUCUACAAUCUUAUGGCUAUCUCGGUAAUCUGAGGAUCUCUCUCGUCGCUGGCGUGUCCUUUCCCGCGGACACGUCAUCAUUUGAGACCUUAUAUCCUAAAGCCUCGUUGCCGUCAUUGAACAGUUUUGAUCCUCUUCUAUACCAGCAAACAGAAACUGCCAUGCUGGACUUUUGGAACGCGUGCUACGAAUUCAAUCAAUACGCAGUAUCGAGCUUCUGGACUAUUUUCGCCGAAACGCAAAUGCUCUGUCAAUCUCUCAUUGACCAACUCACUGGUCCCGGCGAAGCUAGUCUUCAGAGUAUGAUAAGCACACUAACCAGCCAGACAUACUCUCAGCCCGGUUCUGAGAAUGACUCUCAGUUCAAAACAGGCAAACGAGAAAGCCUACAGCAUUCAGGGCUUGGCGUCCCUUGUCGCCUCGAUCAGGAGCCUUAUGCAAUGGGUAUGAAUAAGACUGACUCGAUACAGCAAGGAAGCAAGAUUCAGGCUACGAAACAAGAGAUUGAUGCCGUCGUGAAGAAAUUUGGAUUGUAUGAUGGUGAUCAUUAUAUCAGUACACUCGAUGAGACAUUUUCGAUGAUUCAAACAGUUCUCAAUGAUAGCGUUGAGGCAGCUCAGGCUGCCAAGGAUAAUUGGAACCGUAAUAUGAUGGAAGCCAACACUGCUGUUUCUUAUAUUUGGAUCCCCGUUGCUGGCUGGGUCUCCGGAUCGAGCGCCAUCAUUGCGAAACAGAAUGAUGUCAGACUGGCAUGGGCUGAGUACGAAGCACACAUCGCCAAGAAGAGCACUGAUGCAAACAAGACAGCCUAUGCACUAGUUGGUGCAGUGAAUCUGCUUUCCAUGCAGAAUGGCGUCAUGUGCGAUAGACUGCAGAGCGUCGGCGUAGCCUUGCAAGAGAUUCAGUCAACCUUUGCGGCGAUUGGCAAUAACCUGGGUCUAGCUGCAACUCUGAUGGAGGCUGCGGAUGGAUCUGUUAGAACGUCUUUGAUUGCGAAUCAGCAAGCGAUUCAAGCGGGAAUCAUCAAGGCUGCGAAGGAAAUCCAGGAUACCUUAUCUGCGGUCAAAGCGCUUGUCACGAUUGACUCGAAUAUUCAGACGACUGGAAUCACUGCGGACAUAACCGCGCCAAGCAUCUUUUCAGAAAAUCCUUAUUAA